CAAUAACUUGAAAGAGAUUAAACUCUAUACUUCGUAUCAAUAUUCUUUGAUCAAAAGGCAAGAUUUACAAAAAAAUAAUAAUAAAAUUAAUUAGUUGUCGGAUAAAUGAUGACUAAAACAGUUCAUAUAUUAUUGAGCAAAUUUUUGUAUAAAAAUAUUGAUCCCUGGUUUUGUUUAAAAAUCAAAAUUUUUUUUACCUAAUGCCAUAGUAAACGGAAAAUUUGCAUAUCUUAAAUUUUCUGUAGGCAAGGAAGAAAGCUGCUACUCCUGAAGAUCUUUUAUUUGCUGGCAGAACUCAAAGCAAAUCAUUAAUGUCGCCUAGUCCUGUAAUAACUACUCCAAUAGAAGAAAAAUCUAUGAUUGAAUUUCAUACUCCUAUUAGACAGACAAUAGAAGGACCUAGAGUCAAAAGUUUGUCCAGUUCUUUAAAAGAACUGUCUACAAAAUCUAAACUUGAGACUUCUCCUUCACUGAGACGAAAAGCAAGAGAAAAAGUAUUUGGUCAGGACACGUCUCCUUCUUUACUUCGUAAACAUACUGGUUUUUUUACUCCUCCUUCUAUCUCCAGACAGAAUUCCAUGGAAUCUUCGACAGAAUUAACUCCACCCAAUUCUCCUCCUGUUAGUAGAAGAAAUCGAGACGAUAAUGUAUUUUCUAGACUUACAAGUGGUACCAGUCAACUGGGAAGGAAACCAAAUAGGUAUUGCAUUUGUGAAAAAGUAAAUAAAGUUUGA